AUGCUGGCUCUCCGCGCUGCAGAUGGUAUUGAUCUGCUGCAUCUAUUGACUCUUUCUGCAGCAGCAGCAGCAGCAGCAGCAGCAAUUUCACAACCAGCAGCACGAGCAGCAGCAGCAGAAUAUGCACCGAAACUCCUGCUGCACCCAGCAGCAACCAUCGAGGAUCUGCUGCGCUGCAGCGCAGCUUUUGUAGACUGCCGGCAACCCAACCCAUCAACAGCUGCUGCUGCAGCAACAGCAACAGCAGCAGCAGCAGCAGCAGCAGCAGCAGAUGUAAGAGAUGCAAGCACAGCAGCAAAAGAGGGAGAAGCAAUGUUGCUGCUGCUGCAGCAGGUUCUUCCUUCUGUGUUAUCAGGUGCAGCAGCAUUCCUGCAGAAUCCUCAACUAGCUGAAAUCCGGGUGUACGUACACCCGAAUAUACAGGUGGAGCAGCAGCAACUCAGCAGCAGGCAUCAGUGUGUUACUAACAAAACUUUUGGGGCUGCAUGCGCUUCACUGCUGAAGGAAAUCGAAGCAACCCAGGCUGUGCUGGUGGAGACAGAGGAGGAGGGGCAGUGGCGGCUGAAUGUUGUAUCGGGGGAGACAGAAGCAGCAGUAGUAGAGAAAGCAACGCAGCUUAUUCAGGUGCUGUAUAGACACCGCAGCAGCAGCAGCAGCAGCAGCAGCAGCAGCAACGUGAGCUGCAGGCUGCUGCUGAAGGCACCAGAUGGCCUCUUACUUAGUGAUGCUAUCAUUCGUAAUAUAUAUUUACAGCUGGAUGAGGCGUGUACACCUAUAGAGGCAUUGCUGCGGGAUUGA